AUGGUGAAAUUUACUAAGCAGAAUUUCUUUUUUUUAGUUGGUGGAAUGAUAAUUUAUGUAGUUGAUAUUGGAGUAGACUUCUGGGUAGCUAGUAGAUAUUUCUGUCAAGGACAAUAUUCCUGGAGUAUAUUGAUACUUUGUUUUAGAGGUCUUUCAUCAAUAAUAACUCAGAUAUUUAGUUAUGAGUGGUUUAAAAACGACUGGGAAGGUACCGAUACUGGGAAGCUGAAACUGGUUUUUCUAGUUCAUCUCUUUCAUUGUGGAAUUUUUAUAAGGUAUUGGUUUGCUUUGAAAUACGGCUGUCAAGCUGCAUUUAAACAAACAAGUAGCAGAGGUGCAUCAGAAGCAGACCCUUCCAACUUCAUUCAAAAACAAGCUAUUGAUGCAGUGACUGAUAUUAACAUGCUCAGGGUGUUCAAGGCUUUUCUUGAGACCACACCACAACUUUUUCUUCAGAUUUACAUUCUCAUGGAACAUGGCAAAACUCAUUUCUAUCAAUAUGCUGCCAUUAUGAUGUCUUUUUGUGGUAUCUCCUUAUCAAUGGUUGAUUAUCAGAUAUCACUACGAAAAUCUCUGCCUGACAAAGAUGAAUUUCAUCUCUUUUCCAAGUUUGUGUAUCUCUUCUAUAAAUUGCUUACCAUCACUUCUUGGAUACUCAGUAUUUCAUUGAUCACUCUACUCAAUGUCAGAAUUUCUGUAAUUCUGCUGAUAUUUCUUUGGAUCUCUGGCUUCAUUUGGACUUUGAAACAGAAUACAACAUUUUGCAAGUCUAAGAAGAUGGAGUAUCUGUACAGAACUAUAGUUGGAAUCAUCCUAUUUUUUUCAUUUUUUAACAUAAAGGGGAGAAGAACAAAAUUUUGCAUUUCUAUUUAUUAUGCUACUCACACUGUAGUGACUCUAGGUAUUUUAUUUGUAUAUAUGUUCUGGAAACCUUCCAUUAUCAAAGAAAUAUGUUUUACAAUUGUAAGCAUAUUAACUAUUUCAAGUCUGGUGUUAGGUAUCAUUUUUCUUGUUGUUUAUUACAGCCAUUUUCAUCCCACUACUUAUUGCACACCUCAGGCAUAUUCAGAUGAAAUGGAUGGAGGGGCGGGGCAAAAAGUUAGAGUGAAAACUGGUAGAUUUCAGAAUUUCUUAAUGCAAUGA